UAACGCUGCGCUAUAUAUUCAGCAUUUGCACCGUACAUAGCGUGACGUUCCUCCAGAUAGACAAGAAGAUCGCAAGAUUUUAUCAAACCUCUGAACUUCAUCGCUUGAUUCAUCGUGGUUUAACAAUCAUUGAAAUAUGAUUUACACAACCGCUUUCAUUUAGGAGUGUUUUCUGUGACGAUUUCGACGUUUUGGAUAGGACAAAAGACGCAGCUAACGCGUCCAAUUUCCGUGUCCAGUCCCACCCGUAGACAUCGCCGCUUGUGGUUUGUGCCUUUUCGACAUAACAGAAGUGCAAGUGAGAACGGAACUUCGCCUCAUCUCUUCAGCGAUUUCAAAACUGAAAAUCAAUUAAACAUGCCAUCACUAGUUUUGUGAUAAACCGUAUUCGUGAUCUAGAUUAUCAUCAUCAUCAUGGAGGAAGAAUAUGAGAGUGGAAGCAACGGAGGAAGUACACCUGUUCUAGAUGAGAGAGAAGACGGUAGUGAGGAAGGAGAAUAUGAAUCGCCGGCUGAGGAAGAAGGAGAAGAAGGGGAGGCUGGAGAAGUAGUAUCCGACGCAGAAGAAGAGGAACAGGAGGAAAGACUUGGCAGCGAUGAAGAAUAUGACGAGAGGAGGGUUGUAGAAGGAGAUGAAAAAGGCUAUGAUGGUGGUCGACAUGAACAGGAUGCUGAGCAGUACCAAGAAGAAGGAUCUGAGGAAGGCGAGGAGGUGGACGACAGGAGGUCGGAAGACGGAUAUGAGCGAGAAGAUGAAGGGCACGAAGCGGUAGAGUAUUCCGGAGGAGAAGAAGGGAAUCAUGUUGAAGAAGGGGAUGAGGUAGAAGACGGACAGGAGGUGGAGGAGGGGGCAGAACUUGAGGAAGGGGAGGAAAUCGAAGAAGGGGAAGAAGUAGAGGAAGGGGAAGAGAUCGAAGAAGGGGAGCAACUGGAAGAAGGGGAGCAUGAGGAGGAAGAAGAAGGCGAUGGUAAUGAAAGGUAUGGGGAUGAUCAGAGUGAUGGAGAGCUUCCGUAUGAGGAAGAGGAGGAGGACAAUAAAGGUUUGGAGCAAGUGAGCGAUGUUGAACAAGUCAGUGAUGGGGAUUUAGAAGCCAGUGAUGACGAGAGGAGAGUGGAAUCAAGGCAAGAGGAAGCGGAGGAGGAUGAUGGUGCUGAAGGUUAUGCCCAGCAAAACGCGAGUAAUGAAUAUGAACAGAUCCUAAGUGACGAGGAACAGAUUGAAGACGAUGAUGCGCAGGAGGAACAGCCUGAGAAGAAGCAUGAUGAUUUGUAUGAACAGAUGGAUGAUGAUGAGGAGGCGGACUUUGAGGAUGCCCCGGUUCAAGACCAGAGGCGGGUAGAACAAGACAUUCCGGAAAUCGAAGCACAAUUUAGCGCCGAUGAAGACGAAGAAGAAGGCGAGAGAGAACCUCUAUACGAAGACGUCGACGAGGAUGAAGAAGAUGAAAUCCAAAGGCAACACCAGCAAGAUGGUCGAGAGGCUGUCUCUCCAGAGCAAGAAGAAGGAGAAGAAAUCUUGGAGGAGAUCGAAGAGGAAGUUGAGGGUGACUACGAUGAUGAUGGAGACCCAGAACCAGAAAUCAUUGAAGCUGGCGAUGAAGAACACUUGGAGAUGGGGGAAGAGGAAUGGGAGGAGAUUGUCGAUGAUGAUGAUGAGGAUGCAGAAGUGGUGGAAGAGUACAUUGAAUAUGCGGACGAAGAGGAGGAAGGAGAAGAGAGAGAAGUUAUGGAAGAAGCAGCAGAAGAGGCAGAGGAUGGAGAGGAACAAGUAGAGAGGGAGGAAGAGGCCAAGGUAUCAGGAGAUGAAGAAGAAGCAGGGGGAGAGGAGGCUGCUGCUGAUGCCGGUCAUGAUUUCAUGGCAGAACUACAAGAUGAAGCAAGUGACGACGAUGAUGAAGAUGAUGUCAUCGGAAGAUCCAAGAGUAAGAGGAGAGCCUUAGCCAGGGACAGCGGAGAUGAAAGUGAAGAAGAGAAGGAAGAAGCAGUGGGUGAAUUGAUUGCAGAUAUCUUUGGUUCCAGUGAUGAAGAGGAGGAGUUUGAGGGUUUUGGUGCAGCGGAGUUGCAGGGCCCAGCAAAGAAGAAGAAGAGUUCAAAUGUCUUAUCAAGCGACGAUGAUGACGACAAUGCUGAGAUGGAUGCCUCGGCGAUGGAAGAUGCGAUCCAGAAGAUACGAGAUGAGCAGGAUGACGACGAAAUUGAGAAGAUUGAAGCACCUCCCGGUCCUCCACCCGGAGACUCUGAUUCAGAUGAGGGCUUGGAUAGUAUUAGAGGAGGAUCUGAGUUUGUGUCUGACUUUGAAACGAUGCUGGCGAAGAAAAAGGAGGAUAACAAAUUCAGAAGACGGAAACGCAACAAUGAUGACUUCAUCAAUGACAGCGAUGACAUCAUUAUGGCUAUGAUCAAACAGAUGAACGAAGUAGCCAUGGAGGAUAGGAGACUAAAUAAUGCUCGAAAAGCUGCAACCAAGAAACUCAACAUGCUCCCAGCUGUAAUGGGCCAGUUGAAAAAAUCUGAUCUGCAGUUGUCUUUCUUAGAAUGUGGUGUAUUGAGACCAAUGGCAGAGUGGUUAAAACCCCUUCCUGAUAAGAGUCUGCCUCAUCUCAAGAUCAGGGAGUCCUUCAUCAAGAUCUUGCAAGGGUUCCCACCCAUUGACCAGCACAUGCUGAAGACGAGCGAGAUCGGGAAGGCUGUCAUGUGCCUUUAUAGACACCCAAAGGAAUUAAGAUACAUCAGAGAGAGGGCCGGCAAGAUCAUAAAUGAGUGGUCAAGACCAAUAUUUGGAGUAGAAUCUAACUUCAGAUCGAUCUCUAAAGAAGACAGACAGAAGAGAGAUCUACAACAGUUAGCUGCCAAGAGGAGAAGAAUGAGUUCUGAUGAAACUCCUGAGGAGAAGCAGAAUAUAGAAUCUGCCUUGGAAGGUGCAGAAGAGGGACUCCUUCCAGGAAUGAAGGGAUGGGUUGGCCGAGCAAGGGUGCCUCUGCCUUCAACCAAAGACUACGUCGUCAGACCAAAGUGGAAUGUAGAGAGAGAAUUUUCUAAGGUUACCAAGAAGAAGACGAGACUGGACAAACACUCUCGUAAGAUGCAGAAUAUGAAGUCUGCCGUACGCAACAAGAACCCACGAGCAGUCGCCAUCAGCAUUGAGGGGCGUGGCAUGUCUCUAUAGCUACCAUCAGCAGUGAGGGGCGUCGCCGCGUGGCAUGACUAUAGCUACCAUCAGCAGUAAAGGACAUGGCAUGGUGCUAUAGUGAUCAUCGGGAUCAUGGUGCAUGGCAUAUCUCUAUGGUAACCAUCCACAUUGAUGGGCUUGCACAUCACUACAAAAGCCAUCAUCAUUGGCGUCUGACCAUGGCAUAUUAACAUAGUAACCAACAAUGGAAGGAUGAAUGCAAACACCGGUCUGUAUGGUCUGGUCAGAGAUGUUGCCCUACGAAGGAUGGAAGAUAAAGUGCAAGAACACCUAAGUGGUCUUUAUCAGCAUCGAUGGGCGUCACUGGCAGUAGUCUCCUACAGCAACAGGGGUGCGCCAUGUCACUAGAGUUACCACCAAUAAUAAUAAAUGCAAGGAUUAGAGUAAGAACUCCUGAACAGUCCAUGUUUAAUUAAAGGAGUGUCAUAUCAUCAUGAAAGCAUAUGAGAUAAGUGAAGGAGCAGAUGUUAGACUCUCGUUACACUAAGCAUAAUGGACAUGACUGUUGUCGCUACAGGAAACAUAUUAAAGAAAACUGGAUGUAAAAAUCAAUGAAUCACUUUUUGUAGCAUGGGAAUUUCAAAAGAUAGCUCAACUUUCUGGAUGGUGCAAAAUAAUGGAAGCGCAAGGAUCGAGACUGAGCCUUCAGCGGAUACCUUCUCAGCACUUCACUACAGAAGAUCUGCAGGGAUAAACCCUCGUUUUUGUCAGCAUCCGAUGACAUGUAUCACAAAUACAAACUCUGCUAGAGUGCACAAGAGCAAAUAAACUGUUGUUUGACAAGACUCUAGUUGAUCAAUCAACAAUGUCUUUGUAUGUCAGAAUAUUUAUAUGCUAAAGAGGAUAACCAACACCAUGUCGGAGAUGGAUCACUGUAUAGUCUCCCUCUAGCACCAAUACUGAAAGCUUGUUCUGCUUAUUUAAAAAAAAAAGCAUUUUGUUUGUAUGUUUAUGUAAAAUAAAAGGCAACUGCACAUAACAAAGGUCCUAUGCGUAUUCAUUUAUCUCUGUGUUAUAACAUAGAGAAAUUUGAAGCGUAUCACACUUUCCGUGAUCAUAAAAGACUGUCACAGUUUACCACCAGGGACCCGUUUGACAAAGCCUUUUUUCAAUGGCAAAUGACAAAUAUCAGUGACAAAUCUGCUGAUAACCAAUCAGAAGCAAGGAUUUCAGUAGCUUAAAACAACAACUGUCAUU